AGCCGCGCACCCCGUGAGAGCUUCAGAGCUGGCCGCCAUUUCUAUUUGGUGGCCGCCUCUGCAUAGCUCCGCAUAGAGGCGGGAGGGGCGUGCUGUGCCCUCACCUAACAUGGCCGCCGGGAGGGCGGGUGACGUGGGCGCGGCGUCCCUCAUCCCCGUUCCGGCGGCGCCCGUUGUGAGGCGGCCGCGGCGGCUUACAGCUCAGUAGCCGCGACGUGUCUGCACCUCGGUCACUAACGUUUCAAGGAAAGAGAAGAGACCCGGAGCGCCCGGCGGGACCCGGGCGGCUGCAGGUGGCUCAGCUCAGCACGCUGCUCCUGCCCGGCUGAAACGGCCGGCAGAGGUAGGUUGGUGUCCUUCGUGGCCGCUAGAGGGGGGUCGCAUGCUUUGUGGAUAGCUUUGGUGGUCACCUAACGGCUGGGUGGCUGGCCGGCCCGGUUCGGGUGUGUGUUGGGGAUUGGUGGGUUGUUUGUUGGUUGGGUUUGGAAUCGGGAGCGUUCUGUGUGUCACUUCCUCAGUCUCAAGAGUUAACAUUUUCUACAUAACUGUGCAGUACCUUCAUAGCUGGUACGGUCACAGUCUUCAUUUCUUGGCUCAAAUUUCUCUUCUCCGUUGCUUUUUUUUUUCCUCUUACCAAGUCCCCAGACUCAUGAGGAAACAUAUACAAAAUAGCAACUGUCAUCUUUCUUCUUAUAAAAGAAAAAAAAACAAUCCCAGCAACUACAAGGCUUAAAGUUGACCUCUGAAGGAGGUCAGCUUUAAAGCAAAGUUGGAAUAGCUAUUAAAGUAUAGCAAUAACAUGAAAAUGGAAGAUAAUGCAGUGUACAUUUUACACAAGCUAGACCAAGCCAAAAGGGGAGGACCUUCGGUUGGGAUGCUCUUGGUUCUGUUUGGAUGCUUCCAGACAGAGCAUGUGAGGGGGUGAAAUGCAGUCUCUGCAGAUGGAUUCAGCAUUCAGGUUGGCUGCCAAGCUCUUAACAUAAUUAUCCCAAAGAGUGUCUGAAAAACAUAAGUGAGCCAAGUAUAAUAGAUUUUCAUGAGAAGAUUAGAAAGUCCAUUGUUGAAACCAAUGACACUUCCACAGGAAAAGUAUUUAAGAAGUCUGUUUGGGGAAAAAAAUGUUUUAGGCUUUUUUAUGGGGGGAAAAAAAAAAUUUACACCCAACUUAAUUCCAGGAAGGGGUGAAUUCCCUGCGUUGAAAAUCUCUGCCUUUCAAGAUUCAAUCUUGAGGCAGACCUUUGGGAUGCGUAGGGGAGGAGGGUGUAAGUACUGCUGUGUUGUGUAGCUCUGAUUAAGAUUCUUCAAAAGUUGUCAGAAUGUUAAUGAUAUGGAAAUAUUUGUAUUUGCUUACUAUAUUCCUCUAACCUUCAUUGUUUAAAGUUUUUUAUUAAAUGAAAUUCUGUUUUUGUAUUUUUUGGCAUUUUAAAAGUAAAAGCUGUAAAUUGCAUGCAUUUCGUGUUUAUGUAGCAAAUUUAUUCUAAACAUCACAUUCGGCGUCUACUUGUCUGAUAAAUUUCACUUAAAAUUCAAGCUUUGUCAACAUCAACUUUUGACAGAGCUGGUUAUCUUGAGACUUGACAAGAUCACUAAAUUUGUUAGACUUUAUCUCAGAAACCUAGGUGUUGUCUUCAUGCUCUGUUUUUUAAUCUUCUAGUGUGUUUCCCUUCCAGGAAUUUCAGUAUGUAUAAUGCAUAUAGUUAUCUUGAAAAUCUCUGAGUAUGCUGGCAAGCUUGCUUACUUCAGGCGUAUGCUAGGACUGAAGUCAAAAAGAUUCACGGGGAACGUUGUGCAAACUGUGCAUGGGAUAUGCAGCUUCACUGCCAUUUAGAAGUAAGGGGUUGAUUAUGUGCUGAUCAGUUAAAGAUAGCAGUAGCAGUCUAUACUAGUAACUUUUUUUUAAAGCAGAUGAUAUAAUUAAGAAUGAAAAGAUAAAGCUGCUUGACACUUAAGACCCCAAAAAUCCUUGUAAAAGGACCCAGAAUAUCUGAAAUGUUAAGCUGAGAAUUGUCAUUGAGGAAAACCCAACUUGCUGCUGUGCUGCAUCUGCUUCACGUGAAAGGCAAGUUGUUCAAAUGCCCGUUUUGCUGUAUGGCCUGAGCUAGACAGAUCCUUCAGUGUCCAUUUUUCUCUUGGGUGGAUUUGGCCAGAAAUGUGAGAUGUCUCUGUACUUAAUGGAAGAAUUCAGCAAGAGAGCUUUCCAGAGGCAAGAAUGUGAAUAAGAUGCACUGCACAGAGGCUUAAAUCCUACCAAGCACUUCUCUAAGUGCUGCUGGUGGUAGUUCAAUACUUCUUUUACUGCUGCUGUGGAAAAAUGAUUCUGUCUUAGCAAAACUCAAUUUUAUCCGUCCCUGUGUUUGUUGUUGUUUUUGUUUUAAAGUACUAGGCACAGGUUAAAAAGACUUUCUACUUCCUGGGAUGUGGCGUUUACUUAGGCUCCUAACAUUGCAAAACAAUCCAAAAAUUGUGAAGACCUACCGCAGAACUCUGCCUUUGAGCCUCAGAUUAGAGCUUCAGUUAGCAGUAGGAAUUACAAGAAAUAGAAAAUUAUUACAUGAUACAUGUAGGAAUAUAUAUGUGUGUAUAUAUAUAUAUAGUAUAAUAUGUAGAUACAUACAAUUUACAGGGAUUACAUAAGUUUCUGGAUUAACUGGUCUUUUCUGUGGAAAGAAGGAACAUUUAGGUUGCUUUAUCUGUUUAUUUUUACUAAUGAGCAGGACAUAUCAAUUGAGGAAAAGGUAACUCUAGGAGGCAGUUGCUAAGUGAUCCUAAUAAAUCUGCCAGCUAUCUUACAUCUGUUUGGUCUACCAAAACACAGAAGAAAACAUCUCUAACCAAAAUCCCAGUUGUACCUUAAAGGUGCUAUGUUAAAAGUUUAUUCUUGUUCUGUUCCCAGAGAAACAAGUAACAAACAAAAUCUUUUCUCUUAUUAAACUGUAAACUCAGAAAAGUGGGAAGCUUAAGCUAACAGGAAGUAGACUGCUGUGUUUUUGCUCAAAAUGGGCAUGCAACAGAACUUUUUACUGUUUUAUAAACUGAAACUAGUAAAGAUGAGCUGCAUAAUCAUUAAAAUACCUGUGCUUUAAGUGCCCUUGAUGUUGCCUAAAAUACACCACAGAUAAUACCAUAAGUAUGGGUCACCAUAGUGUUGUGAAACAAAGCACAGGGGACAGAUGGCCUUUAUUUCCAGGUAGGAGUGCGAAGGACUGGGUUCGGACGAUGCUGACACAGUUGUGGUGUGGGUGCCAAGGGGGAUUCAUCCUUUUCUUGCUGAUUCCAGACCUAGCCACUGGCAAGCUAGCAAACUCAAAAGUUCAAAGUACUCUGUUCUGAACAAUUAAUCAUCCUCAAGCUUCUUCUCCCACGAACUUCAGAGUCCCAGACGAGAGAUAGUAUGUUCUAAAGAUCGUGUGUAAUUCCAGUGUGAGAUUAAAGUGAGAGUAAAUUACAAAGCUGCCUCUCCCACAAAACACAGACAUAAAUGAGAUGGUGCUCUUGGCGGUGGUGGCAGUAUGGGGCACAAAGGAAAAUAUCUCCUUAAGUAGGGUCUGUGUUGUCUGAUGUCUUGUAGAUUGAAAAUUAAGUCUUUGCACUUGCAGAAGAUGGCAUGAAUCCUGAAAUGCAGACUGAAUAUGUUUUUGACUAUAUUUUAUUCAUUGAAUGCAUACAGAAAUUGUGAUACAUGAUUCAAAUGAUUCUUUGUUUAGACUUGUACAGUACUGUAGUACUACUUCUUCCUGUAUGAACCAAGCUUAUCGAUCUUGUUUGUUUGUUUGCUUCAUGAUGUUUUAUUAAUGUAUGGUCUUUUAAUCUUCAAUGAUAAUAGAAUAUAUGCAAGUUUCAAUCCCAGGAUGGCUCAGAAGAGGAACUCGAGUGGGCGGUCGUUCCCACUACUGCUGCUGAUGAUUGUUGUGGCCUUUGUUCAUUUAACUGUCUGUCCAUUUACAAAAGUGGAGGAAAGCUUUAACCUACAGGCCAUCCACGAUGUUGUGUACCACCAGCUGGACUUGGAUAAGUAUGACCAUCAUGAAUUUCCUGGAGUUGUCCCAAGAACGUUUCUUGGACCAAUUUUUAUCGCUGCUCUUUCCAGCCCAGCUAUAUACGUACUUUCUCUGUUAAAGAUGUCCAAGUUUUACUCCCAGCUGAUAGUCCGAGGAAGCUUGGGGCUCAGCGUGAUUUACACGUUAUGGAAGUUGCAGAAAGAAGUUAGAAAGCAGUUUGGAGCAACUACAUCAACAGUCUUCUGUCUCAUAACUGUUACUCAGUUUCAUUUGAUGUUUUACUGUACACGAACCCUUCCUAAUGUGUUUGCACUUCCUUUUGUGCUGUUGGCAUUGACAUAUUGGAUACAGCAAAAGCAGAGGCCAUUUGUUUGGUUCUCAGCUUUGGCAAUUAUAAUCUUCAGAUCAGAGCUUGCCAUAUUCUUAGGCCUCAUGCUUCUGGUGACAUUAUUAACUAAAAGAGUCUCCGUUUUAAAAGUGCUUUCCCAUGCUGUUCCUGCUGGAAUUUUUUGUUUGGGGCUAACAGUGGCUGUGGAUUCUCUAUUCUGGAGACAACUUGUAUGGCCUGAAGGGAAAGUGCUCUGGUAUAACACAGUUUUAAACAAAAGUUCCAACUGGGGAACCUCCCCCUUCUUGUGGUAUUUCUAUUCAGCCCUGCCUCGUGCUUUGGGAUGCAGCAUUAUAUUUGUACCUUUAGGUGCAGCAGAAAAGAGAACUCGGAUAUUACUUUUGCCAGCACUGGGCUUUAUUUUCUUGUAUUCAUUUCUCCCACACAAAGAGUUGCGUUUUAUCAUGUAUACUUUCCCCGUCUUCAACAUAGUGGCUGCUAAAGUAUGCUCACGAAUCCUGAAUAACUACCGGAAGUCAUGGCUGUACAAACUUGGAUCUUUUUUUGUUAUAAUGCAUCUUGUAGUUAAUGCUGCUUAUUCAGGAACAUCAUUAUAUGUUUCACAUUUCAAUUAUCCUGGAGGAGUAGCAAUUCAGAAGCUGCAUGAGUUGGUACCUUCAACAGCAGAGGUCUCCGUUCAUAUUGAUGUGGCUGCAGCACAAACAGGAGUCUCUCGGUUUCUAGAAAUCAAUUCAGAUUGGAGGUAUGACAAAAGAGAAGAUGUUAAACCAGGAGACCAACUGAUGUUUUCUUACACACACAUACUGAUGGAAACAAACCCUCUUCAAAUAUCACAUUACAAGACAACCCACAGACCACUGGCGAAUAUACCUGGCAUCAGUAAAAUUGGGUUGAAUCUUACUGCACUACCUCCUUUUACUUUAAACUUAAAGCCAAAAUUAGUACUGUUGGAAAAACUUCCUCUAUCAUCCUGACUGUGAAUUUUAAGUCUUUUGAUGUAACUUUGCUGAUGACUGAAUAAUGUAUGACAACAGAAAAUUGUCAUUCCAGCACUGCAAUUCAGCUUCUGUGAAAAGGUACAGAAAAUCUUUGUACUUAUCGGUAUUUAGCUCCGUCCUCUUUCUUACAUGAAUAGUACAAUGCAUUCCUAGUCCAUAUAUACUCAAAUACCAAGUUAAAUAUUAUUAGGUGUGUUUGAGAGAGGCUACCUCCAAGUUUAGUGCUAUUAUAUAAAACUUGUCUACUUGGUUUGGGUAGCUGUCUGUUUCAUAAUGCAGCACAGGUAUGUCCUAAUUGUCCUGUAUAAGAUACAUUAUGGAACAGGAUUGUGCUAUGGCAAUAAUUUGAUAUGUAAUCUACAUGUGCAAAGAUGCAUUACUUGAUAUAUCUGCUGGACUGUAACCCCCUUAGUUGUCAGAUUGCCUGUGUGAAACUUGAAUGAUGUUAUCAGCAUAGGAAAGCCAUAUUCAUUGUAGCUUCAUCACGGUACCUAAUUGUGCCCUGUGGGCUAGCAAACUAAUUAAAGUGAAAGGUUCUCCUAAAAAGCAGUUGGACCUCUUGGCAAGCACUGUCUUGUAACAGACCUGAGCAUUAAAGGAUGGUUAUAUUUAUUCCAAUAGUUCAUAAAUAAGCAGUACAACUUGGAUUUCACAGGAAACUUUUUUUAAAUAGUAUUUUCCCUCUGCUGCAGUAUCUUAAUUUGCAGUACAAAAAUUUACCUAUGAAAAUAUGUAAUCAAAUACACUUGAAGAUGAUAGGUGUUGUUUUGUUUCUUUAUUAAAUAGCUCUUUUGGAAUUAAAAUGCUGUAACUUAGCAUGUUCUGUAAUCUCUUCUUUAUUAGAUGUCUUUGUUAGGGAUGUCUGCCUAGAUUGCAGAAUAGAAGAAAUUAAGGGGUAAACUAAGGAAGAAAACUGAACAUUUCAGUUAGGACCAGUUAUAAUAUGACAGGGACUCCACUAGUGUAAAAAAUUCAGUAUUUGUGAAAUAAGCAUAGGCAGAAAGCUAUUUGUUACUGACUGAGAACUCAAGAGUAAAAAAUUCAUAUUGAAUAACUUUUUUUCCACUCUUCAAGCAUAUUUCAUUCAGGAACUACAUUUACCUGCAUUAUGCUUCAGUUUUUAGGACCAUGUUUUCUUUUUAUCCUCUAGAUUAUGUAUCAAGGAACUGAUCUGGUGGGGUGGAGCCUGCACCACUGUGGGUGGCUGUUGUGCAGGCUUCCUCACACUGAGAUCUGGCAAAGGCGACCUGCAGAACUUGUUAGUCCAGUCCCUGGCUCCUCUUGAAAUUGAAAUCGUUGAAGUAUUAUCUAUUUGACUUGUCUUUGGAAGAAAACUCAGCUUCCUUCAGAGCCAAUUUGGACAUCAAAUAAUUCACAUGGUACAGAAGGAAGUAAAUGUGCAAAUAGCUGAGAACUUGGAAUGCUAUGAAGGAAAACUUUUGAGUAAGGAUGUAAGUCCUUAUAUGUUAAGCCUAAUCAUUUACUUUAUAUAACUCCCCCACAGCGUAAGCUGUAACUCGAGAACCUGAAGUGAAAUCUAUCGUGCCCAAUGUGUAGACAAAUAUCUGGCGGUGGUAGCAGUAUGUACUACUGCUUGCAGCCUUGGUGCUGCUGAAGGUAGCAGCUAUGAGCUCAAAUUGGCCUGUUUAGUGUGUGUGUGUAUAUAUAUAUAUGACUUAUCUGUUGGGGGGAGAGAAAGGAAAAUAAAAGUGCAUAUGUAAAGGCAGAAAAGAGAUACUGAAGUGCAGUUUUGGACAGUCUCUAAGGUUUAUUUAGGUCCUGUUACAUCUUGAGCUAUAUAUGUGGUUCUUGGAAAGCGCUUAGUUCUUUGCUCUGAAACCUGCCUGGGAUUGUAGAUCAUGACCCAUGCAGCACUGUAGCACCAGUGGCUGUAUAACUGACGUGACAGUGGGUACAUGUAACCCCCUACAACCUAGGCUGGGAGUGUUACUGUAGCCCACACCCAGAAUAAGAAAGGGGCACCUGCCAAACUUCAGCAAAGAUUACUGCAGUUUUUCCCCAAAGGCUGCUUUCAA